AUGGCCCUGAAUGUAGAUUUCAACGCACUCAAGGCCCGGACCAUGGGGUCCGGCGCUGAUGAAGAAGCCGUGACGGUCGAUACUCGGGGUCUUAUCUCGAAAGUUCUUGCUCGGUAUUCUGGAAAAUGGACCGUACUCAGAGAAAUGAUCCAAAACGCCGCCGAUGCUUCCGCAACGAAAGUGACCAUUAAAUUCGAAACGCUACCUUCUACGACAGUGCCGUCUCCGACGUCGACGGACCCUACGGCUCUUCUCAAGCACACGAUAUCGAAUCAUACCCUUCGACGCCUCCUAAUAUCAAAUAAUGGUUCCCCAUUCAGUGAGAAAGACUGGGCUAGAUUGAAGCGCAUCGCCGACGGAAACCCAGAUGAGACAAAGAUCGGAGCAUUUGGAGUCGGCUUCUACAGUGUUUUUGAUGAUUGCGAGGAGCCUUUUGUGUCCUCUGGCACGCAGGCGAUGGCUUUUUAUUGGAAAGGCAACGCCUUGUUCACUCGUCGCCUUAACAUGAGUGAAACACCAUCGCAAGAUACGACGUUUGUACUGGAUUACCGCAAUGAUUCUUCUCCAGUUCCACAGUUAAUGCAGCUUUGCCAGUUCUUGUCAAGUAGCUUAACUUUUGUGGCGUUGGAAGAGAUUGAGCUGUGGCUCGACGAUUGGAAUCUCUUAAAGCUUUCCAAGAAGACUGCUCCUGGCGUGGAUGUCCCGAUCCCCCGGGAUAUUGAGACAAGAACCACAGACGGUCUGAUGAAGAUUACCAGCAUCACACAGGAGAUCGCGCAGGUUGAUGCAGCUUGGAUGCGCAUCGUGGAAUGGAAUCCCAAUGCUAGCAUGUUCCGGUUGGACAACCUCCGAGACACUACAAGCUCUCUGCGCAGCUUUUUUUCCAAGUUCACGAGUCAGGCGGGAUCUGAAAAGCAGAUCCAAACUCCCAAAGUGGAAGGCGUUGACGAGACAGCAAAUAUGACCGCGAUGCUAAAGGCCACUGUCUUUCUGCAUAUCAAUACUGCAUCUAUUCAACCAUCUAUCAGCACUUCCCUUAGCAAAGAGUUAGAACGCGCUACUCGAAAGCCGCCCCCAAAGCGGGCGACAAUUGCUAUAUUGACACCAUCUUAUGACGCUAACAUUGCAACCGGGGCAUCCGAAUCGCAGUCUGAAAUUCUGGCCUCCAUUCUACCAACAAAGGCUGGCAGAAUAUUCAUUGGAUUCCCAACACAACAAACCACUGGUCUCAAUGCUCAUGUCUCCGCACCUUCUGUGAUCCCCACCGUGGAACGUGAGAGUAUCGACCUCAAUACACGUUACAUCAGCAAGUGGAAUAUCGAAAUGCUCAGAGCAGUUGGAAUCGUCUGCCGAAUAGCGUGGUCAGCGGAAAUGAGCAGCAUCAAGUCCAAAAUCGCGACCAAAGUUGGAUCAACGCGUGCAUCCAAGAUUCGGAAGGAGGAUAUCGUUGAGGUCCUUCCAGAAGCUAUUCACACAGCCAAUCAGUUUGUCUUCCGCGAGUCAACGCCUUCCUCCAUGCUUGGACAGACGAUAGAGGACGCUUUUUGGAUGUGUAACAAGAAUGCUUCCAUUGAGAUUAUAUCAACCUGUGGUGUCAUUCCCAGCCAUCAGACUCGCAUCGCUCCGAAAGACCUCAGUUUCAUGGACUCUAUUCCAGCGCUGCCGGACGAGCUGGUGCUCAAUGCCAAGGAGUUUGUGCAGAAGUUGACAGAUUUCGGGCUGGUGACAGAAAUCACCGUGUCUGACAUUAAACGAGAAUUAGAAUCUCACACUCUUCGACCUAAUCAAAUAUCCGAGUUUCUAUCGUGGCUGGGACAAAAGGCCGUGACUGGACAACUUGAUGGCCUAUCAGUCAAGAGCUUACUGCGCGUGGCAGUCGCCAAUGACGAAGACAAAGAAGGAAAUCCCACCCGCCUCAUUGUCUUUGCGGACAUUGCAGGAUUUCUGAAUCCUCAUCGGAUACCGGCUGACUUGCCGGUCCCGCCGGGGGUGAUGCCUUUCAAGUUCACAAAGUCUCAAAGUAAAGCAGAGCUCGAGGCUCUUGGAUGGGCUGAACUGCAAAUAGUGCCAUGGAUUCGAUGGCUUGUCACAAAUGCGAACGAUGAGAAUUUGUUGGCAAAAGAGCAAAACAUCCUGAAAACUCCUGCCUUCGCGGGUCAAGUGCUUCCAGUUCUGUCCAAAGCCUGGGAACUCUUGAGUCCCUCCUCCCGGCAAGCGGUGGUCGAUAUUUUGCAGCCGAAUACUGUGAUUCCAACCAGGUUCGGCAUGAAGCAGCCGGCACAGACAUACUUUGCCUCUGUGCGGCUGUUCGAUGAUCUGCCGGUCGUGCAUGGCCUUAAUGGAGUCAAGGAGAAAUUUUUGGUCGCAUUGGGAGUCCGUAAAACAGUUGAAUUGGGCGUCAUAUUUGACAGACUCAUCAACUCCCCCGAUACCACCGAUGCCAAAGGUCCUCCCGCUCGGCGAUGGAACCACGUUGACCUGAUUCGCUAUCUCACCUCUGUGCGUGAGGAUAUUCCAGCCAACGACAUUCAACGACUCAAGAAUACGAGUAUAUGCACUGCGGAAAAUGACCCUCAAAGCCGUGGCACUCGUUACAAGAUUGCGGAGUUGUACGAACCAAAGGACUCACUUCGUGCGUUGGGACUCCCAAUCAUAGAGUGGCCCGGCAUCUACAACAGUGCCAGUAACGAAGGCAAAUUUCUAAGUAUGAUGGGGUUGAAGAGUUAUCCGACAGGCUCGGAGCUCGUCCGGCUCAUGGUCAUGAGUGACUCCGAGAAGGAUGUCACUAAAAAGAACAAGGCCCUGACCUACUUCUUGAAUGAGUAUCACACCAAUGGCUACGCAUCGUUCGAUAUCGGCGCAGUCACUGUGCCUUUUCUUCCGGUGGAGGGCUCGGACAGUCUCAGUACGCCGAAAAAAUGUUUCACUGAAGAGGGCGCCUCCUUGUUUGGGCUCAACAUACUGCAGAAGCGUCUCCAUCCGCAUAGCUCCAAAUUGGGAGUCAAAGCUCAUCCCCCGCUGUCCGAUUGCCUACAAAUAUUGAUUCGGCAGCCCCCCGCUACGAACAGGGAAGCCCGGAUAAUUUUCAAGUAUCUCGCUGGAAGAGUCUCCGACUUGAGUUCUCAAGACAUCGAGCGGGUCGGGAACGCGCCCGUCAUUCCUGUAGCCGCAAGUGGCACAUCUGAAAAGGGAACCCGUCCUCGAUUUGUCGCACCCAAACUCUGCUACUUAGGAGAUGGCGAAGACUAUAAAGACAUCUUUGACUUUGUAGACUUCGGGCAAGAAGCGAACCUGUUCCUCAUGGCAGUCGGUUCGAGAAGAGAGCCCACGAAGAACGAGAUUGCCCGCAUGCUAGUCAGAGAGCCCGCUCGCAUUUCCGCGACGUUUCAAAGCUCUGAUAAGUAUCUGAUGCUUUUACGCACAUUAGCUGAGCAUCUAUCUGUGCUGAAGAAGGACCGAGAACUGUUCAGUGAAAUGAAGCGAGCCAAAUUCCUGCUCGCCAGUCGAGACAUCCCUCCUCAGGUAGCGACGCAGAGUACUAAAGCUCAGCAGGCCGAGAAAGGUACUCUCGAUGCGGAGGAGGACCUGGACAUUCGUGAGUGGAGCUUAUCUGCUGCGAAAGAUAUUGUCGUUGUGGAUGACUUCCAAAGUUUCAAUCUCUUUAAAGAGCACAUCUUGGCUGCGCCGCAAGAAGAGGCACUAGAGAAUUUCUAUGCAGCUCUUGGGGCUGUUCCGCUUAGCAGUCUGGUCGAAGAGCAAGCACGAUUUGGAGGCGUUGCGGCCGACCAGAGCCCUGGUGCCAAAUUGCAUAAGCUCAUUCUCGAGCGUGCACGACUUUUCCUGCAUGACCAACCUGCCGACUCAAUCCAACAUGGUGCGAGGUGGUUAGAGACAAGCUUCGUGGUUCAAGUGGUCAAUUCGAUCACACUGACCCGCUCCUUGACAGGCCGUAGAGCGUCUCAUACCCAGAAGCGAAGUGCAAUCGUUGCGCGCUUGUCGACCGGAUGGGGCUUGUGUAUCUGCCCAGGCAGGUAUGACAUUUACGAGAUCAGCCAGUCUCUUGUGCACCUGUUACUCAAAAGGCCCAAGCUUCACUCAACGUUGACGUUGGAGAUGAUGCUCAAGACUGACCUCUUGGAGCUCCGUGCCCGUGGUUACAAUGUGGAGCGAAUUUUGAGACAAAAAGCUCACGAGGCCCGUAUGGCAGAGGAUAAGCGACAGAAACAGAUGGAGGAGGAAAGACAGGCUCUCAAGGAAAAGGAAGCCGCUUGGGCAGAGGCUCAAGCCCAACGCUCUCAGGAACAACAGUCUGCUCAGAAACUUGCCCAGCAAUCGCAAAACCCGAUGCCUGGCGUGUUCCCAGAGUCACCCAAGAGCAAGUCCGCCUCAAGUGAAACGCAGGUCGAGCCGGCUGCGCCCCCUGCGCCUGAAAGGGCGCCCCGCGGCUUGUUUGCGAACUUGACCAAACGCUUUGGAUUGGACAAAAACUCGUCAACAUCGACCUUAGAGCAAUCUCAAUCGCUGCUCAAUCACGAGAACAAGGAAUCCUCUCCACAACCGCCUCCAUACUCUUCCUCAGAUCCACAGAACAAGCGGCCAGAACAGACAGUCUCGGUCAGCUCUCCUCAUCGACUGAACCAAGAACUCCUUUCCGCCGUACAGGCAUGCCGACCUCAUGGAUCGUCCGAUGUGUAUAGCCGACCGGAGACAAACCAGAUUUCGGAGAGCAAAUCAUACUGUGACGAACGACCGAGUCAUGACUUGGAGUUUGUGGCGACGCUCCCCAGUGGAGUGAAUGUACUGUUUGUUAGGACCGUCAUCGAUCGUUCGGCCUUCCUUGCCAAUAAUCGCAACGGCAUCAACACAUUUGCAUCAGUCCUGUUGGACUGCGGCUCCAUCUUCGCGAUGCGGGCGGACAGCUUGAGUAUCUUCUAUGACCCUGGUGGCAAGACUAUCGCUUUCAACCGUGCCGGCAGCAUCUUCUGCAAUUACUUUUACUUCCAGCAAUUGCAGGAGCAGGCCUUGCUUCAGACUGGCAACCCUGACCGGACUGAUGCAAUUGUGUAUUGGUGGGUGAUUCUGUGUCACGAGCUGGCCCACAACCUUGUGGGAGAUCAUAGCUCUGCGCACAGUUACUAUACCGAGGGUUUCGUUGCGCAGUAUUUCCCCAAGGUUGCUACCAAGCUCGCCACGCUAUCGCAGCAAUCGCAAUCAUGA